AUGAUGUAUAAGGUUUUUUUAAUUAUUUUAUUUGUUUGUAUUAACAACGUUUUUGCUAAUCAAUGUUGCUAUGAAGGAAGUCAAAUUUUAAGUUCUGUUUAUUGCCAAACUGUAAACACUGAUAAUGUUUAUUCAUAUGUUAUUGUUGGUAACUCCACUAAAAAUUUAUGCCCAUCUAACACAGCAACUAUUGUUGCCAAUUAUAACACUAUGCAAGAUAGCAGUUUCAAAUGGUUUACUUGUAGAGAUAAAAUCUAUAACUAUGAAUAUCAAAUGGUUGGUGGAUGUGGACCACAAGGUCUUUAUGUUUCAACUUCAGCAUUAGAUUUCUCAAAUAAUAAAUACUUUUAUCUUUCAAAUUGUAUUUAUAUAAAUGGUGGUACAUCAUACUCCACAAUUUUAACAUCAUCAGUAUCAUCCAUUCAAAUGUUUAUAAGUCAAGCUCAAAACACUUGCUCACAAACUGGAGGAAAUUAUUUUAGCUUUUCAAGCUGGACAUAUGGUAAUACAGCCAAUUGCCAAGAUUCAAAUGGUCAAUGCUCAUGUCCAUCUGGCUAUACCCCAGCAUCAUGCUAA